UAAACCUAAUGCCAUCGGAGAUGUUCUGGUUUAAGCGUAUAAGACAAAUCUCUCCAAGACAGAUAUAUCAUCUUGAAAAUGCCAAAAGCCAAACCCCCCAAGAGCUAUUCGAUAAAACUCACUAUGAUCUCUUACAAAAGAGUGAGAAGUGGGUGAAGGAAAACGCAGGAGUCUAUAUGGUUAUCUCUACUCUUAUAGCAUCUUUGAUGUUCACAGCAGCCUUCACUGUCCCUGGGGGUUUCAAUUCUGAUACAGGCCUUCCUGUUCUUAUUCAUAACAAAUACUUGUUACCAUACUUCCGUUUAGUGUCACUGUCCUUAUUCUUCUCACUUGCUACAUUGGCUACUUCUCUAUAUACUCAUUGUAUACACUUUCAACAAGAGGAUUUUUACUUCUCCUUACCCUUGAAAAUUUUUCUAAGUAGUUCCAAUCUCUUCUGCUGUGUGAUCUCUACAGUUCUAGCAUACGGGAAUGCUCGCCGACUUCAGCCACUUCCAGUUACAAAUAUAUAUGUUCACUAUGUUUUUGAAGCAAUUCGCUUUUUUGCACUCUUACUAGCUCUCCUUGUCUAUGUGGAUGUAAUACUUCCUGUGUGUCGCUUCUUGAAAAAAUUGCUUUUCCAUUCUCUAUCUUCUCAUAAUUAAGAAUCAUUCAUCGUUCAAUUCCUCAAGCAAGUCAGUUCAUUUAGUUUCUCCACUUGAUCUUCAAAGGCAUUGUUAGAAGUGUGUUUAUAUUUUGAAUUAUGGGAGAACCUUGUAAGGAACACAGUAAUAGGAUGGUGUCUUUAAUAAUUUUUAUUUGAAUUGUGUCUUCUUAUCCUUA